UCGCUCCCUGCACCAAAAGCCACAAAUCACAAGCUCGACUCACACAGCGGAGGCAAGACGUAAAGGGGGGGGGGGGGGAAGCACAGCGAGCCGACACGACAAAACCCGACGGGGGCUGGGGGUUGGAAAAAAAAUAAAAAUAAACCGGUGUGCACGGAUCGCUAUUUUUCUAGCUUGCAUUGUUAGUGCAAACCUCCCCCCUCCCUCCCUGGCCAGGUCCGGAUGGAGAGAGAGGGAAUCGGCACGGACCAAGACGGACGAGAUCGGAUGUCUCAUCGCUGACGAUGACCGAGACCGACAGGACGUGCCGGAGGAGCCGGGGACUGGAGCUGGGGGGCCACUGGAUGGGACAGCGCUGCGCCCUGCUGGACGGAGGCAGGUAAAGCGCCCCCAGCUGUCAGCAGGCGGGACUUCGACAGCGGCGGUGAGAGACGCACAUGCUCGCUGCCCCCUGCCUAACGAGGAUAAAAACCGCCACGGAGCGCGGCGGGAGCGGCACCUGGAACUCCGCGCUCGGAGCUCAGCUCUGCCGGGAAGACUGACUGAUCCGGCGCCUCCGACGAGCGACGCCCAACUGACGCCGAGCUCAGAGAACUUCCCACAGAGACGUUUCAGCACUCCCAGGUGGCUAACACCCCCCCCCCCCCCAGACAAGCAAACGUUGGACCGGUGUGCUUUACGACAUGCUGGGGCUCGGAAGGGGGGCACCAUGGGGCAACAGGGGAGCUCCGGGUUCGAAUGCUACGUUUUCUCCAAUUCUUAAUAGCCCUUGUGGAGAGGGACGAAAUACCAGGGGGGUCAAGGUGCACAGGAGUGACCCACAGAUCGGGGGCUGAUGAGGAAGACUGAUUUAUUCCUGCACAGUUUGUUUAUGGUCAGAGAAGUCUAACAGACUAUUAUAACAAGUCAGCUCUUGCUCUUUCCUGUCAUUCGGCUCCGGAAUCAUCGGCAAACGAUUUCUUAGCGACGAAGGGAACAAAUAGGAGCAGGCAGGUGAGAGAGAGCAAAAAAAAGAAAAAAGGAAAAAAAGAAGAAGAAAAUCCCUGAGCAAACGAUGAUAACGAACCGGAGUGAGAGGCUUGCGCAGGCAGGAGGACAAGAAGAAGAGGAGGCGGCGCGGGAAUGAGUAAACGACAGCGGCGAGGAAAAGUGGAGGGGACAGAACAAUAAGCUGCCCCCCCCCCCCUCCGUGACCAACCGGCGCCGCUCAGGGACCGAGAGACUCCAUAAGCCUAUUUGGGGCGACCAUGGGACCGUUUCCUUGUGGGAUUAACGCUUCUCCUGACACAGCUUCAGCUGAGUGGGACUUAGGAUUCCCGUAAAAAAAAAAAAAAAAGAAUAAAACGUACUCUCGAUUCCGUCUGGAUUAAAACGGGGUCCCGGCCGCAUCGGAUCCGGACACUCUUGCGGAAAACGGGAUUUUUUUUUCCCCCCUUUCUCUUUCAUCUUUUUCCACUCCGGCGUAACGUGGUGAAUGUGACCACUCCCUAUAGCGACGGCAGCACCUCCACAUCCAGGGGAUGUGCCGCGCUCCCCGACUCAGGAGGAACCGGCGAUACGCGCAGCCCACGCGAAGAUCCUGACGCCGGAGGUUCGAGGACACUUAAGGCUACCAUGCCAAACGUCCCACCCCAACACCCUCCUGGAGAACCACACCCAUCCCUGACCCUGGACCACCCAUCCAGGCAGUCACGAAUCCACCCGCUAUCCCGACAUCGCCCUCCAAAGCUGAUUCACCUGGACAGAGACACACCCAUCCGCCAACCCGAUGAUGACCUCCACCUAACGCAUAAAGCUCAUCUCUGUCCAAAGCCCAAUAUUCCCUCCCCAAAGCAGCAGAGAACCUUAGGAAUCUCUAGGUUCCACCCUUGUGCAGUCUUGUUGACCCUAGUGACCUGUACAGGCCUUCUGCCGGCCCCCAUAUUGGCGGGCGAGACCUGGGGCAUGGUGUCCCACUGCCCCAUCCACUGUGUGUGCCGGAACCUCUCAGAAUCCCUCAGCACGCUUUGCGUCAACAAAGGUCUCCUCUUUGUGCCACCCAACAUCGACCGUCGCACCGUUGAGCUCCGGUUAGCUGAUAACUUCAUCCUGGAGGUUGGCGGUGACGACUUUGCCAACAUGACCGGCCUAGUUGACCUGACACUGUCCCGGAACACCAUCCACGCCCUGCGGCCGUUGGCCUUCGCUGCCUUGGAGAGCUUGCGCUCGUUGCACCUGGACACCAACCGGUUGACAGUAGUAGGGCCGCGCGACCUGGCAGGCCUCCUCAACCUGCAGCACCUCAUCCUCAACAACAACCAGCUGACCGAUGUGUCGGGCGAGGCCUUCGACGACUUCCUGCCCACGCUCGAGGACCUAGACCUAUCCUACAACAACUUGCGCAAGGUGCCCUGGGACGCCAUCCAGAACAUGGCCAGCCUGCACACGCUCAACCUGGACCACAACCUCAUAGACCACAUCGCCGAGGGCUCCUUCGGCGAGAUGUACAAGCUGGCCCGGCUGGACAUGACCUCCAACCGGCUGCAGACUCUGCCACCUGACCCUCUGUUCGCCCGCUCGCAGACAGGCGUGAUUAGUCCCACCCCCUACAAUACCAUCAUCAGCCUCAACUUCGGUGGCAACCCACUGCAUUGCAACUGCGAGCUCCUCUGGCUGCGCAGGCUGAUACGGGAGGACGACAUGGAGACGUGUGCCACACCCUCGCACCUUGCUGGCCGCUACUUCUGGUCCAUCCCUGAGGAGGAGUUCAUCUGUGAGCCCCCACUCAUAACCCGGCACACACACAAGCUCUGGGUGCUGGAGGGCCAGCGGGCCACCCUCAAGUGCCGUGCCAUCGGCGACCCUGAGCCGGUCAUCCACUGGGUGUCCCCGGACGACCGCAUUGUGGCCAACACCAGCCGCACCCGCUCGUACCGCAACGGCACGUUAGACAUCCUGGUGACGCGGGCACGUGACGACGGCGCCUACACCUGCAUCGCUAUGAACGCUGCUGGUGAGGCCACCGCCCUGGUGGACCUCAAGAUCAUCCCACUGCCACACCGUGGCAACGGCACCACGCCCCGUGUCUACGGCCGCGACCCCGCCUCUUCUGACAUCACUAAUGGCAAGGGAGGCACCGACGGACCCGGGACCUCGGCUGUGGCCCGCAACAUCACAGCGCAGGACAAGUCCUGGGGGAGGGGGGACAGCAGAGUGGGGGUGCUGGGGGUGACGUCGAGCACGGCGCAGGUGCACUGGCACCUCGGAAGGUCCUCGGGGGGCUACGUGGUGUGGAUGUACCAGAUUCAGUACAACUGCACUGCCGACGAGACCCUGGUUUACAGAAUCCUGCCGUCGAGCACAAGCAGCUUCCAGUUGAGGAACCUGGUCGCCGGCGCAGACUACAGCCUCUGCGUGCUAGCCAUCUUCGACGGCAUCAGCGCCAUGGCCUCCACCGCCGUCCUGGGCUGCGUGCAGUUCAGCACCAAGGACGGCUACCCAGAAUGCCGCUCGCUGCAGGCCCACUUCUUGGGCGGCACCCUGACGGUGAUGGUGGGCGGCGUGGUGGUGGUGACGCUGCUGGUGUUCACCGUCGCCAUGAUGGUCCGGCACAGGGCGUGCGGCGGUCACCACGGCGACGUGGGCGGGGCCUCCUUCCCGCCAAUGCCGCGCAAAGCCAUGGAUGUCUGCCUGCAGACCAACGGCAAUGGGGGCGUGGUAAUGGUGGUGGUGCCCAACGGGGCUCUGCCACCCCCCCGGGGGAAGGGGCAGCCCCCCAAGCACAAACUCAAAGCCCCUCCACAGACUAAAAGCCCAGGGCAGGGCACUCAGGGUGGGGACAGCGCCGAGAGCGAGAGGCUCACACUCUACUACUCCGCCAUGAAUACCCCAGCCCUGCCACGGCUGGCCUGUGGCACCAGGAAGCACAGGGACAAAACUAGGGACAAAUGCACGACCUCAGCCACUGGGGGGCAGUACAGGGUGACUGCUCGGAGGGCCAGUGUGGGCGGGGCAGCACUGGUUAAGCGGGGCGGAAGCCCCUCCCCGGAGGAGGCGUCGCUAACCCUUGCGGGAGCCAAGCGCAGCUGUUCCUUCGACAUGGGCGAGAUCGCCACGGCAACCUGCUAUAGCUACGCCAAGCGGCUCAGCGUGAUCUGGACACGGCGGAGCCAAUCACUGCACGGCAUGCUGGUGCAGUGUGCCGCGGCCACCACUGGGGGCGGGCCGGAGCACUACGCGCAGGCGCUCAGGCAGGGCUACCUGCGCGCCUAUAACAGCUCCAACUCCAACUCCAACUGCAGCGUGGAGGCCGACGCCGACGACCUGGAGGAGACGGUCGUCUAGGAGGACUGCCACCAGGGGGCGCUAGAGGCGCCCAGGCCGCAGAGGUUCACGAAAGACAGGGUUCAUGAAAGUGGAGAGAGAGAGGCUACGAUGAAGUGUGAAAGUGAGAAAUGUGAGCACGCCCGGAUUAGUAAGCACACGGAGGCACGUGCAAAGAGUGGAAAAAUCCCACGUGGGCGUCGAUCCAUAGACAAACACCAGCCGUCGCAUACCAGGUCAUACAUGCCUGCUCAGCUGUGAUUCAUGUUUGAACAAGCAUCUGGAAAAGAGCUGAAGGACAAUAUUGGCAGAGACUGAAAAUAAGGUUGACGGGACAACUUUCGGGAAGCGAGCAGAGCAGGCCAAUGUUUAGCGAGGAAACAUUUGUGUGAAGCACAAGCAUGAAGCUGCUCUCCAUGCCGCUGGGCGAGUUCAUCCAUUCACAGCAGAAGAUGGAUUUCCAUCAAAGAAUACGACAUUGUUUUCCUUUGUAUAAAUACAUCAUGUGCAGGUAUCAUCUCAAAGAUUAUAGAAGAUUAUGUAAAAUUAUGUAGAACUUUUUAAAAUUUACUACUACAGAAAAUGUUAACGAAACUCCUGAAUAAUCGUCACACGGAUCAAGGUACAGUGUAACUAUGAAUGACACCCCACAAUAUGAAUAACUGUGGUUUUCUUUUCCAAUGUGUUCUUAAUUUGCCAGUUAUGUUUCUGUCAAUUUACUAUUCUGGUUGAUUAAAGUGGACUGGUUUAAGAGCUGCCCCCGGUA